GUGCACUUUGCUUCACUAACCAUUCGAUCAAAUCUCUCUACUUUUCACGCGUAAAUUGACGUGUACCAUUCAUUGAUAAAUUUUUAGAAUUGCUUUAAAACCAAAAACAAGUUCAAUAUUAAGCAAUCACAUACAUAGUAGUAAUAUUAUUCCAAGAUGGGUUUCAAAGCUUUCUUUGUGUAUUCUUUUGUAUUUAUUUUAAGCUAUGGUUUUUCAAUGUCUCAAAUGGUUCCUGCUGUUUAUGUAUUUUGGAGAUUCACUUGUAGAUGUUGGAAACAACAAUUACUUGACUCUUUCUAUUGCUAAGGCUAAUCAUCGUCAUUAUGGUAUUGAUUUUCUUGAUCAUAAACCAACUGGGAGAUUUAGCAACGGCAAAAAUGCUGCAGAUUUUAUUGGUGAGAAAUUGGGUUUGGCAACUUCACCACCUUACCUCUUUUUAACAUCAAAGGCCAACAAAAAUGAGAAAAAUGUAUCCUUCAUCAAUGGUGUUAGCUUUGCCUCCGCAGGUGCUGGGAUAUUUGAUGGUACAGAUGAACGUUAUGGUUUUAGAAAAAUUGAUCCUGAUAAAUGGGAGUUUGCAAAUGAAGGAUUUUUGAGAGGUUAUAAACAUCUUUUAUCAAACAUUAAGAGAAGGAGACAAACUUCAUCACAACCUAGUACUUCACAAACACAUUCACAAGGUCAUUGUGUUGAAGUUGGUCGUUUUGGAUUAGAUGAAGAAAUCGAUCAUUUGAGACGUGACAAACAAGUGUUAAUGAUGGAACUUGUGAAGCUUAGACAGCAACAACAGAACACAAGAUCAUUACUUCAAGCAAUGGAGGAAAGGUUGCGCGGAACCGAAAUUAAGCAGCAACAAAUGAUGGCUUUUUUAGCUAGAGCUAUGAAGAAUCCAGCUUUUAUUCAGCAAUUACUUCAACAUAAGGAAAAGAGAAAGGAGAUUGAAGAAGCUAUUACUAAGAAGAGGAGAAGGCCAAUUGAGUAUGGAGAAUCAAGCAAUGAUGUUAAAUAUGGAUUUGAAGUGUCUGAGUUGGAGGUUCUUGCUAUGGAAAUGCAGGGUCUUGGAAGAGGUAAGAGAGAAUAUGAGGAAGAGAUUGAUGUAUUUGAGACUAAUGAGAAAUUGAAUAAAGAACUUGAUGAAGAGUUUUGGGAAGAACUUUUUAGUGAGAAAUUUGAGAAUGAAUUAGAUAUUCUAACAUCUCAAGGAGAUGAUGAUGAUGAUGAUGUUGAUGGUGAAGAUCGUGUUAAUGUGUUGGCUAAUCGUUUUGGUUACUUGGGUUCAAGUCCUAAAUGAGUUACGCAUGUUUGGAUACACACUGGUUUUGCUGAAAUCACGAUGACACUGCAAUUUUGUUAAAAUUACAAUGACACACGUGAUUAUGUUAAAUUCACUGUCAAUCCAAACAUGUAUUAUACUGAAUCAAGAUUAACUUUCUGCAUAUGGUGAAGUGAUCAAGAUUCGAAAUAUUUCAGACUCAGAAUCGGGGACUAAAUAACAAAUUUCUACUGGUGUGAUCUUGGUUGGCAACUUGGUGUGACAGUAAAACACCAAGCAAAAAUAUAUGUGGAAACCAUUUAAAUUUUGGAGUUUCUAACUUUAUAAUCUAUGUCCUUUUAUAGUCACAGGUUAAGUGUAUGUUCGGUGUCACAGUGAAUCAUACAAAAUCACAAAAUCUUGAUUUUGUCAAAAUCACCAUGAUACCAUACAAGCACUAAAAUUUCAAUUUCUCAUGUUUGUCUCUUAUUGAUUAGGUAGGUUUUGCAGCAGUUGAUUGGACAAGAACCUCUGAUAGUUGAUAGAGAUGAUUAUUAACUCAAGAUUGGUUCAGAAGAUGUAGAAUGGUACGAAGUAGCUGAUGAUCAAGAAUCAUAACUGAAUUUGCUUUUUGAGUGAAGAUCCUGUUGGUGGUUAACCUUGUCGGUUUGAUAUUUUUCUUCCCUUUUAACACUUUACAAUUGUUGUACACUUUGUCAUAUGUGGUCAAGAAGAAAAACAAAGAACAAAAAAUAUGUGUGUGUGUGUGUGACAGAACGGAUUUCAUGAUGUUACAUAACAUAUGUAAUAGUAGUGUUUGGUUAGGUAUCUUCAUGUGUUCAAGAUUCCUUUCUCAUUUGGAAAAUCAAUAAAAAAUUAAUUAUUUGGGGGACAAA